AUGAAACUCCUGGACCAUCGGAAACCUAAUAAGAAUCCCUUCAGGGACAACAGCACUACGUUGCUAAUCUCAACACUGCUCCUCGGCGUGCCUCUUACGGUGGUGCUACUUCACUGCGCUGGACUUGUCACGACGUUGAACCUUUCGCUUGCCGCGUAUCGGGAUGCACCCGUCAAACUUGAAACGUUGGCGACGACGGAUGGAUGUGGUGGAAGUCCGUCGUGGCUCACACUUGAUUGGAUGAACGGUUGGGACUAUGGGUUGGCCGUCGCGCACUACGGCGGUUCAGCAUUCACCGCUUGGGACAUUCGAGACCCGGCCAAUAUUACUUCGGUGCAGAUCCAGGAAUACGGCCUUCCGAAGCCAGGCCCUGAUCCAUCGAGACAGGAAGCGUCUCAUCCCCACGCUGCAGUUCUCGACCCGACCAAACGGUUCCUUCUUGUUCCAGAUCUAGGCGCGGAUUUAAUCCACGUCUACGGCGUUGAUGAGGAUGACAGCUUGGCGUUGAGCAAGCUUGAUCCUUUGGUUGUCGCUCCUGGGAGCGGACCUCGACAUGUGACCUUUGUAGUGAAAGAGACAAAGACGUUCAUGUAUCUUGUCACCGAAUUGGCCAACACCGUCGUUGGAUAUGAAGUCGUAUAUGGCGGGAGUUUCAUCGUAUUCAAAGAAGUGUGGAGCAGUGGUAUCCAUGGCAAAGGAAAGAGUAUCCCCGAAGGUGCCGCUGCUGCUGAGAUUGCCGUAUCUCCAGAUCGAGAGUAUCUUCUCAUCUCAUCCCGAAAUGAGAACACCCUCCAAGCUCCCAAUUUUAACAGUGACAACACCACCAGUAUAACUUCAGACUCGCUUGUCAGUUUCAGGAUUGACGGUGAGACUGGGCAUCUGGCUUUGCAACAAGACAUCGCAUGCGGCGGUAGAUCCCCUCGGCAUUUUACUAUCAACAAGGCCGGCACGUUGGUUGCAGUGGCACUGCAGCACGACAGCCGUGUCGUUAUUCUCGAGAGGGAUGUCAAAACAGGAAUGAUUGGCGACUUUGUUGCCUAUGCAGAGUUGGAAGGCGAAGUUACCGCCGUGAUUUUCUAUGAAUGA